AGUAGGCGUACACCGGUCACAAGCCCACCAGCAGAUUGGGUUACAUAGCUGAGAGAAGAACAAGCAAACCAGGGAGCAGACUGCGUCUACAGCAACUUGUAACGGUUUAAAAUGCCAGGUAGCAACACAUCACCUAUCCACUUGGAUCCGUACAAGAGCCCAGAGAACAGAACCUGUGGCUGGUAUCUAUCAUUAAUGGCUCCUAAUGAAAAAGGACCAAGCUACGCUUGGCUGGACCCAUCCAGACUUUACUGCCACCAGCAGGCCCUGCAGGAUUGCAUCGAAGAUCUUCUACAACCCUUUAAGAAUGACCAGAUAGAUCUUGUUGCUGGGAUUGAUGCCAUGGGAUUCAUCCUAGGAGCUGCUAUCGCCUCACAUUUGGGGAAAGGUUUUUUAGCCAUCAGGAAAGCUGGCCACCUAUGUGUCAAGACAAAUAGCCAGACAUAUGUUGACUACUCUGGAAAGGAAAAAAACAUGGAGAUCCGGACUGAUGCCAUUAAGCAAGGUGUGCGCAUCUUGUUAGUGGAUCAGUGGAUUGAGACAGGAGGAACUAUGAGAGCUGCUAUUAAACUGGUAGAAGAUCAAGGUGGGAUUGUUGCAGGAGUUGCUACCAUCUGUAUUGAGGACAGUGAUGGAGGCAAAUGGGUGAGAGAAAACUACAAAUGUUCUGACUGUGUUCCUGAUGACAUAAGAAGCCAGUUUAACAGACAUUUCUUGGAGAGCUUUCAUGCCUUCGAAAAACAGCAGAAAAGUUAGGACAUUACCAUAGUGUAUCUGCAUUCAUCGGAAUGAGGUAGUUCCAUCUCUAUUCCAGUAACGUCUUAUUAAAGGCCUGAAUAAGUAGUUACCAUACAACAGAAUUAUGAUGCAGAAACUGUGAUGUGAGUGCGCCUCCAUGAGAUGCAGGUCAGAAGUGCAUCAGAGACUGUAAGAUUGUCCUGGUGUCUUCAUUUACAGCGGGAACUCACAGCACCUCUGCAUUGCAAAAAGGGUGAAGAAAGUAGUAAUAUUUCUUGAUUUUUUUUCCCACUGUUUCAAGACUGUGAACUAUUUGUAGAGAUUAAUCCGCCUGGAAAAUAAAUUCUCUAUUGGAUAUUUUACCUGCCUAAUACUGAAAUAAAGCAAACACCAGACAUCUGCCUGUCAGUGUACAUUUCAUGU